AUUUCCGCUGUGCCUUCAGUUAAGCUCUAUAUAAGGUCCAUACCAGCAAUUUCAUUCUCACAUCUUUUCAUGAGAAACUAAUGGUUGAAAGGAUGCAGAACCACAGAUUUCAAGACACUUUCCCUCAAUCUUCUUCUUCCCAUUUCCUCUGGGAAAGAAUGCAUGGGUUCUUCUUUGCCCUGAUUACAUGCACAGUGUGUGCCUCUGCUUUCAAGCUCCAGCAAGGGAAAAGCACAGAAAACUGCCCAGAUCACACCAUGUUUUUCCAAUACUACUAUGAACUGCACGGAGAGCCUGUGGUUCUGAAAUGCCCUUCCCCCAGAUACAAACAUGUGGAUUUUUCUACAUUGACACAUAAUAUCACAUGGUACAAAAAUGAUUCAAAAACCAUGAUAUUAGGAAGAGAUGAAGAUCCAAGAAUCUGGGCAAAAGGAGAUGCGCUCUGGUUUUUGCCAGCAAGACAAGAAGAUUCAGGAGUGUAUAUCUGUACCAGAAGGAACUCCUCCUAUUGUGCUGAGGUGUCCAUCCACCUCACGGUCGUGCAGAAGGCAGCUGCUCGGGACAUCGCCUAUCCCCAGGUCCUCUUCACUUUCACCUCUGGGAAGCUCGUUUGCCCCAACCUGUGGGAGUUUACAACAAACAGGACAAACACAGAGCUCCAAUGGUACAAGGAUGCUCUGCUUCUGGAAGAUGACAGUGAAAAAUUUGUAUUUCUGAAGGAGUCGUCUUCUCUGUUCUUCACUUCUGUAUUACCAACAGACUCUGGCUACUACACCUGCAAAAUGACUUUUCCAUAUGAAGGUGACACAUAUGAAAUCACCAGAACAAUUAAACUGCAGACUCUUGAACAAGAAAAGAGAAUUACCCCCAUAAUUGUGUAUCCAACUCAGAAGACAACGUCAGCUGCUCUUGGCUCCAAGAUGACUCUCCCAUGUAAAGUAUUUGCUGGACCAAACAGCAACAUCUAUACUGAUGUGGAAUGGUUAGCGAAUGAUACCACGAUCGAUGUGGUUUACAAGCAAAACAGACUUAUGGAAGGGGAACGACAAGAAAUCACAGAAAAUGGUGAGAACUUCAUUGAAGUUCCACUGAUUUUUAAAUCUGUGGAAGAAGUGGAUUUUUACACAGAUUUUAAGUGUCUGGCCCAGAACAGAUAUGGAUCCCAAGUACUGCCAACACGGGUCAAGCAGGAAGCUGUCGGCUUGCCCUGGUACGUUGCAACAAUUCCAGUCAUGUUGGCCUGUGUCUUCCUGGCGGGAAUAUGCAUACAUAAGUGCUGGAAGCAGAGAGCUGAUAAAGGAUAUACAAUAGCAAAGGUUUAAGAUCUACUUUAUUCUCACUGCCAACAGUGAAAAGUUCAUCCUGGCUAUCUUUCAUGUGAGACACAGAGAUACAUUUUGGACCAGACAUACUUCUUUUCCAGAUGGAUGUAUUAUCAGCUUUUUUUCUUCUUCUCCAUGUCUUCCAUGAUUUGAUUAAGUUAGAAAUAUGUUUGGGGGAACCUAUUUCUAUUGUUUUGUGGCUAGGCUGUGACUUACUGCAUUUUGAAAUGCAGCGUCCCACGUACAUGCCCUUGUUAUGAGACAGGUAAGGAAAGUUAGAUUAUUUUCUCCUUUGUAUUUCCAAU